GUGAAGUGGCUCUGUGACUCUUCAGAACAGCGAAGGUAAGAUCUGAAGAAACACCAUCACCACCUUCAUUCUCUUCUUCUUGGUUGAACGGUGCGCGCACCAUGAAGACUUGUCUUCUGCUGGCUCUGGUGGCCAUCUCUUUCACCCUUGGCAACGGUAUGCCGCCAAUCGGCCGAGACUACAACCAGCACUGUCACUGUGUGAAGCUGGAGACCAGAGUUAUUCCUCCUGACAGCCUACGAAGCGUAGAGAUUCGUCCCAGUGGCCCUCACUGCCAAAACAUAGAAGUCAUAGCUGGUCUUGCAAGAGGAGAGAAAAUCUGUCUGGACCCUGACACUCACUGGGUGAAGAGGCUCACCCGCUUUGUGGUGGAAAAACAGGCCAAGAGAGGAUGGUGAAGACAUCAGGACCAUCCCACUGCAGGGCUUCAAACUCCAUCGAUGGGGGCUGUUUGACACUGUGGGAUGUGGUAGUAGCUCACAUAUGCUUUCAUAUUUCACAUGUGCCGGUUUAAGGGUCAUUGACAGAGAUUAAACACUUUAACCCGUUAAGGAGUAGCGUCACACAUAUGAUAUGUGAUUCUGAACAUUCCAACCGACUAUUUUCCGAUAGACAAAAACUAUAUGACAAACGCUAUAAUAUGGCUUCAAAAUUUACAAUUAGGAGGCUAACAAGUAAAACUAGCAGGUAGUAGCAUUGCUACGAGUAUUAUGCUAGGUUGCUAGGUAACGGAAGCUAACUAAAACUAGAUAGCUUCCGUUUUGGAAAAAUAACUCACUCCUUAAAGGUACACUUGUUUUGACUCACAGCUGGCACUGCUGGGCAUAAUGCAUUUGUUUUACUGCAGUGAUUGACCCGAAUCUGGCAUGUGGCUUGUGCAGGCAUCUACAUUUAUUUUAGUGUUAGUAGUAUAUGUAGGAAAGCCCUUAAAUCUAUUAUUAAUAUACAUACUUGUUUAUGUAUGUUCAUAACUUUACAUUUAUAUUUCUGAAACAAGUGCCAUACUCUGGUAAACGCCAAGGGCGUUUACCAGAGUCACAACUAUUAUUUGUUGUGACUAUUAUAACAGAGUUAGCAAGUCACAACUAUUAUUUGUUCCUGACAUGUUCCCCCUCACAGAGCUGAUUACAAGGAACACCGAAUCAACUACCCUGUAAUUAAAUUAUUUAUUUUUUUAUUGUAUAUGUAAAUUGUAUAUGUGUAUACUGUAUAUUGCUGUGUCUAUACCCUAUACGUUCUUAAACUGUGAUGUGUCACUUAA